UUUUUUUUUUUACUAUGUUUCUCUUGAGAUUUUGAUGGUUGCAAAUGUGUUUUCUUUUUCAGUCACUGGAACUCUUAAAGGCUACGAUCAAUUGCUCAAUCUUGUUCUUGAUGAAGCAGUAGAAUUCGUUAGAGACCACGAUGAUCCUUUGAAGACUACUGACCAGACAAGACGCCUUGGUUUAAUUGUUUGCCGUGGAACAGCGGUCAUGCUUGUCUCGCCAACCGAUGGCACUGAAGAAAUCGCUAACCCAUUUGGUCAACCAGAAGCUGUCUAAAUAGUUUCUUCCCAAACAUUAUGUCUCUCUAUUAGUUUAACUUGGCCAUUUAGAGAGAGAGUAUUUUGUAUCUGACUAUCUGGUGUGAUGUUGGAAACAUAUAUGUUCGUUCAAUUUAAACUAUUUGGAACA